CUGUAAUUUUAUCAGAAAUUAGUUUGAAUUUGAAUAUACGUUGUAGGCACGUGCGGCAGUGGAACGCCAAGCGGAAUUAAACGCAGCAAUUGAGUCCGAAUUGCACAGAUUUAAUUCAGAUUUUGAUCAUCGCUUCAAAAAACUGUACAAUCGGAUUUGCAAUAUUCGUCGUAAUUUUCAACAACGAAUUGAAUUUUUGAAGAAUAUGUAUCAGCAUUAUAAUGAGCAUUUGGCAAGAUAUAGCAACACUCGCUCUGUAGACCUUCAAGACAUUCGACAAAUGAUAGAUAAAUUAGAACGGGAUCUCAUAUUCCUUCAACGCGUUGGACGAGCGCUCAUUGAAGCUUCAAAAUGCUAUCUAUCGGAAGUUCAUUUUAAUGAUAUUGAAUCUACGAUGAUUACAAGUAAGAAUGAACUUGAUGAAGCAGAAGAAAUUCUUGUCGAAAAAUCUGAAGAUUUAACUGCAUAUAACACAGAUCAAUUUUCGCUUACACCAAAUUUGCAAUUCAAUGAUUCUGUUCCAAAGGAACAUACCGAGUUCAAGGAAAUAUUGCAAUUGGUUCAUGAAUCCGUAGAAACUCUUCAACGAUUACCUUGGACUAUCGAAGCUGAGGUUGAUGGAAAAUAUGUUGAUCGAGCGGAUUUACUAGCUGAAGCAAAUGAUCUGCUAGCAAAGUGUAUCACAGUUGGACGAAGAUUAAAGAUAGUUACUGAUGAUAGUGAUGAUGACGAUAACAAUGAUGAUAGUAAUGGUGAUGAUAAUGAUGGUGAUGACAAAGAUGACACAUCUUCAUCUGAAACACGUAGAGAAGCGAUCACAAAUGAUACAACUAUACAUUAUGAAAACAAAUAA